UCCGGGCUCUGCAGAAGUGCGCAGCCCAUAGAGACAGCUCCGGAUUUUGCCUAAAAAUGUGACAAACAUUUGUUUUCCUUCUAAUUUGAAGAUACACCUACAAGGAACCGCACUAAUUAACUCCCUGAUUUGGACGAGAGAAACGCACACGCGUCAUGACAAAGAUUGUCAGUGUGCGCCUUUUACGCGCGGCCGUUUUGGCACUGGUGCUUUACGCACGGACCGGCUUCGGAUUCUCGCUGGCCGCGCAGCAGAACACCUGCGAGGCCAACGGCAGCAUCUACUACGUGGGUGAAUGGUAUUUCCUGGACUCCGACCACUGCACCCAGUGCGAGUGCACGGCUGAGGGCUCUGCGUGUGCGCGGACCGAGUGCACCACUCUACCGGCUGCCUGCAUCCAUGUGAGCCACUAUCCCACCGACUGCUGCCCCAGAUGUGAGAGGAUCGGCUGUGAGUAUCGGGGAGUCGUGUACGAGCUGGAGCAGAACUUCCAGCCAUCAGAGUGCGAGCAGUGCACUUGCGACUGUGACGGCAUCGCCCGCUGUCUCGUGGCAGACUGUGCCCCUCCACCAUGUGUCAACCCCGUGUACCACCCUGGGAAAUGCUGUCCUGAAUGCAGAGAUGGUCCUAAUUGUUACGCUGAUGCAUCACAUAACUGGGUGAUCCCUGCAGGUGAGCCCGUCUGGGUCGACUCCUGCACGAAGUGCCGCUGCCAUGACGGACUGGAUGCAGGCUACUGGGAGGGAAACCGUCUCGCCACCUGUUCUCGCCUCAAAAACUGUACCACCGAACAAUCAUCUAUCCAGCAAAAUUGACGUCCUUAAAAAUGUAAAAUCCAUGAGGCCUCAUCAGCUCAACUGUCCAUUUCUGAAGAGAUACUGACCCCCUC